GGUACCUAAGAAGAUAUACACUUGUACAGUUAUCCUUAGCGAUUUUCAUAUUGCACCUUUCAAGUACGUCACUGGUUACUUAUUUUACUAGCGACAUACUGGUGUUAUCCUAGCUUCUUAGCGUGAAUCAACUUUCCGCCUAACUUUAAGGUAGUGACAUCAAUUUGAUCCAACUAGAAUCCAACAGCUUUCCAGCAUUCCCAGAAUACCCAGAAUACCCAGCAUAACCCAGCUUUUUAUUAUGCUGGUGCAUGCUCACACCUUCUUUAGCAAUUUAUGUUUUUUGCGUCACCCUGACCUACAUUGCUUCAAUUAGCUUUUUUCUUACUAGCCUCUCCCGGUAGUGUUCGUCUAAGCCUCCCGUUCCCCUCCGCCGUGCAAUCACCCGACUCUUAAAGGGCAUCAGAUCUCCAAACUUUUUUUUCUAUCAAGAAUCUAGCUUAACUGAUCCUAGCAAGCAUCCAAACUACUUCCUCCAGCUUGGAACACCAAAAGCAUAUAUUCAACUAAGCAUUGGAACCAGUUCUUAUGAACUUGCUAUUACAGAUUUACUCGUUAUCCUUCCCUAUCUAGGGUGCACUGAGGAAUUGCAGCUUGGACUGUGUUGAAAAGAAAAAAAAAGAAAAAAAAAUCAUCACGAUUACACUUUGUCCAACUUGGACUAAGACUGAACUUCGUUCAAGAUGACCAUCUUUUUGGCUUCGCUGUUUCUCCCCAAAACCGUCUACUUCCAGCUGCCAGGUGCCCCUCCUUCUAGUGAGCAUCGCGCGCAUAGGCAGAACAACAAAAAGCCAUCGAAGCGACCACCUCUCGAGCUUCGCACAAGCCUCUUUCCCGAUCCCACCAUCACUCCUCCCAAAACUCCCGAGGAGGAAGAGGCAUAUAUCGAUGACGGCCUAUUUUUAAAUGAAGAUGGUCUACGUGUUCUGAACGUCUCAGACGACGAGGAAUUUAUCAAGGCGCCAACGGAUAAGGAAUCACCGAAAUGGGGCGGCCGACCGAACCAACCGAAGUCUCGAGCGAACUCACCACCACCGGCUUCUUUGAUAGAGCACGCUAGGACCUUGGAAAAGGCCAAGGAACUUGGACGCCAAGGAAUUCACCAACCUCGGACUAGCCGGAGUGAUAGUCAUGACAAAGUCUUUGCGCACGCCAAUUGGCGUAUCGUGAACGCUGACCAAGGAAAUGGAGGUCUUCGCAACGCUGCCGAGGCCGCGGCGCGCGAAGGGUGUGCUGAUGAAUACUCAUGGGUCGGUACAUUAGGCAUGCCUACAGAUGCCCUAGAAGGAACGCAGCAGAAGGCGGAUAUUAACGACAAGCUCAUAACCGAAUUCAACAUGUACCCGGUGUUCUGUUCUGAUAAGGAUUUUGACGGACACUAUUUGCACUUCUGCAAGCAGAUACUUUGGCCUGUGUUCCACUACCAAAUUCCGGAUAAUCCCAAGAGCAAGGCCUACGAGGAUCACUCGUGGCAAUUCUACGUUAACCUUAACCAAGCAUUUGCGGACAAGAUCGUGAAGAAUUGGAAGCGGGGAGACACGAUAUGGGUAAACGAUUACCAUCUACUAUUAGUGCCGGGGAUGAUCCGCAAGAAGCUUCCCGAUGCCAAGAUCGGUCUCUUCCUGCACGUUGCCUUCCCCUCGUCCGAGGUCUUCCGAUGCCUUGCCGUCCGGAAACAGCUACUUGAGGGAAUGCUUGGCGCGAACCUGAUCGGCUUCCAGAUCCACGAGUAUACACGCCACUUCCUUCAAACAUGCAGCCGUCUACUUUCUGUGGAGGCCACACCCGAUGGCGUCCAAUUAGAGGAUCGGUUUGUCAACGUUAUGAAUUCUGCUAUAGGCAUUGACCCUUCUAAUCUCAAUGCCCAUCGCCAAGAGGAGGAGGUUAUGAAAUGGAUUGGAAUUAUGAGGGAUCGUUAUAAGGAUAAGAAGAUUAUUGUUGCUCGCGAUAAGCUUGAUCAUGUCCGUGGUGUUCGACAAAAGCUUCUCUCCUAUGAGCUAUUUCUCAACAAAAACCCACAAUGGAGGGAUAAGGUUGUUUUGAUCCAAGUCGCCUUAUCUACCGGUGAAAAGACCGACCUCGAUGCAGCAGUCGGUGACAUCGUUACCAGAGUAAACUCGAACUGGGCCAACCUCGCUUAUCUACCACUUGUGUAUUUGAAGCAAGAUAUCCCGUACCCGCAGUACCUGGCCCUAUUAACCAUUGCGGACGCCCUCAUGAUUACUAGUCAACGUGAGGGGAUGAAUCUCACCUCCCACGAGUUCAUCGUCUGCCAAGAUGGAAGAUACUCUGACCAGAAACACGGAUCCCUCAUCCUCUCGGAAUUCACGGGCACUUCUUCGCUAUUCGGUAACAAGGAGUUAGCUGUCAACCCAUGGAGCUACAGGCAAUGUUCCGAGGCAAUUAAGCAGGCGCUUGAAAUGUCUGAUGCGGAAAAGAGGGAGCGAUGGGAAGCACUCCGGGAAAUUGUUAGCCAUCACACCGGAAGCCACUGGUUUUCGAAAUUCUUGAGUACUCUCGACCAGGUUUACGAGGAACAACACCGCCACGAUCAAACUUCAGUUCCUCGACUAAAUCUCAAUAGUCUUAGCCAACGGUAUUCCCAAAGUCAGAAGCGACUGUUUUUCCUAGACCUUGAAGGCACAUUGAUUCCCUAUGGCCCCAUGAACGAGAUUAUUCCGAUGAAUCCCCAGCGAACUCUCGAUGUGCUGAAUGACCUCGUUGAGGAUACCCGUAACACAGUAUACGUUAUGUCUGGACGCAGACCUGAGGAGCUAGAUCGCCUGUUCCGUUUAGUUCCCAAUCUAGGCUUAAUAGCCGAAAAUGGAUGUUUUAUCAAAAAGUCCGGGGGUGCCACAUGGACUGAACUGGCUGAUCACGAUAAGGUUGCCGCAUGGAAGAAAUCAGUUCGAGGUAUCUUGCAGUACUACCUUGAGCGAACGCCUGGAUCAGAAAUCGAAGACCGCAAUUGCUCGUUGAUCUUUCACUAUAAGCGUGCUGAGGAUUACGCAAAUGCUGAGCGACAAGCCAGCGACUGGACGGGGCAUAUCAACGAAUCCUGCGAAGAGCAGCGUGUUCAUGCGACACAACUGGAGAACUGCGUCGUCGUCGAACCAAUUGACUGGACUAAAGAAACCGCCACCGCCCGAGUUUACGAGGAAGCGAAUCGCGAUUCGAAGAACUCGAAAAGUAGCCCUGUGGACUUCUUAAUGGUCAUUGGCGACGGCCGCGACGACGAGAAAGUUUUUAAGUGGGCUAACGGUCUAAACGGAGAAGGCCGGGCCAAGGAUGUGAUCACGGUCAGCUUGGGAAAUCGGAAUACCGAAGCUACCUCGACCCUAACUCAGGGUGUGAGUGGUGUUCUUGUGACUCUACAGAAGCUCGCCGGACUUUCUUAGACGGGAAGGGUUACGGCUUUUGCAAUAGAGCGGGCAUCGUCGCAAGUAUUUUGUCAUAUUCCUAGUAGUAUCUUGGAGCUUCUAUACUGGUUUUUGGUGUAUAUUCUUUGGCUGUGAGCCGGGGGAUCUGGGCGGUUACGGAUGUUAACUCAUAUCCGCAUUUUCAUAGCCGAAACAGAGACUCCCUUUCAUUAGAGUCCUUGUAACAAAACCGGGCGACACGCAUUAGAGCGGUGUUGAUGAGUUUUGGGGGUUCAUGCUAGCUGGUUUUUCUAAGUUGGUUUCUUUACAGCUGUAUUACAAUUCGCUUAGACGCGACGGGAUUGUUAUUUUUCUGGGUGGUGUGUAUAUUGGAUCUGGUACCUACAUUUUCGAGGCAGGAGUGGAUUGGAAAAAAAAAAAGGAUUUUGCGUCCAUGGAGAGUUGGUGAUAUGGGAGAUAUUUACGUACACGAUGACGAACCGUUUGGACCUACUAAUGAGUAUUGACGAUUACGGGCUGCUUUGGAUACUGUUGAUAUUGCUAGACUUAUUAGGCGUUAACACGCAACACUCCACUGCAAGACUUCGUAGAAUAAUACCGAACAAUUUUGCAAUCAA